CUUAACCAAACAUACUAAAAGAAAUAAUUUGCAAUAAAAGUUGCAUAUAUAGGUAUUAACUAUUAAGGAUUGGCAAUAUAAGCCUCUACAUAAAAUACUAUAGAGGAAGAAUUAUUUAAAGCAUUUGAAAAAACUUCACUUAUAGAAUCUAGAAAUACAUGUAAAUAUACAAGAUCAGGUAGAACAGACAAAGGAGUGAGUGCAUUUGGAUAAGUAAUAGGUAUUUAACUCCGAACAUCUAUAAAAAUAGAUGAAGAUUAAGAAAAAGUUUAAAAUAAUCUUAAUUGUAUUAAAAUGUUAAAUGGUGUAUUACCAUAAGAUAUAAGAGUUUUAAGCUGCAUAUAAGUAAAAGAUGAUUUUAAUGCCAGAUUUGACUGUAAUAGAAGAAUUUAUAAAUAUUUUUUUUCGAAAACUGUAUGAAUGUGGAUAAAAUAAAAGAAGCAGCAAAGCUUUUUAUUGGAGAACAUGAUUUUCGAAAUCUUUGUAAAAUAGAUGUUCUAUAAACUACUAAUUUUAUAAGAACUAUUCAUUUUAUUAAUAUUGAUGAAAUUAAUCCUGGAGUAUAAUAUUAAGAUUCUAGAAUGAAAUAAUAUGUGGCAACUAUUAGUGGAAAUGCGUUUUUAUGGCAUUAAAUUAGAAAUAUUAUGGCAGUAUUAUUUUUAAUAGGGAAAGGAUAGGAAGAUACUAGUAUUGUUACUGAUUUAUUAGAUAUUUAAAAAUAUAGUCGUAAGCCUAAUUAUGAAAUGGCAUCGGAAUUUCCUUUAGUUUUAUAUGAUUGUUAGUAUGAUUAAUUAGAUUUUUAGUAUGAAAAAGAUA